AAACAUAAACAAACAGUUUAAAAAAUAAAUUAAUUAUUCGAUUAUUAAGCAAAUUCAAGCUUUUUAAAGUAUCUAAAAACAAAAAAUGACAUCAAAAAGUACUCUCAAAAUGAACAGGAAAAAGGGAAAGUCAAAGAUAAGCCUUAAAUGUGAAAUUUGCAAAACUAUUUUAAAAUCGGAAUAUUAUUUUAAGAAACACAAAGAAAGAAGACAUCCUGAGAUUCCACGGAACUACAUCUGCGACUAUGAUGGUAAACAUUUUGCAAACAAGAAUUAUUUAAGGAUUCAUAUGGAACGGCAUCAACAAGAGAUCUUGACAUGUAACAUAUGCAUGAAAGCGUACAAUUCAAAGAUUAUUUUAAAGAGGCACUUGCUUAGUCAUCUAGAAAAGUAUCCGUGCGACGAAUGCGGAGCUACAUUUAGUCAUAAAACACUCCUCAACAAUCACAUAUCAAUCCACAAGAUGGAAUUCACAUACAAGUGUAAAUACUGUACCAGAAUGUUCAAAAACACAACAUCCAGAAACAAUCAUCAUCAAAUUGCACAUAAAAAUAAGGAGGAACUGCAUUUUAAAUGCAACAAAUGCAACAUCUUUUUCGAGACAAAAGAAGACUUAAGGAUCCAUAGCUUUAUACAUUUCAAUGGGGAAAUCAAGACUUGCUUUCAUUGUGAUCAGAUCUUUAAAACUACGAGAUUAUUAACUAUUCAUUUACAGAAGCACUCAAAUAAGAAAUUUCAAUGCGAGUCGUGCCUGGAAAAUUUCACAUUUAAAAGUGGUUUAAUGAAGCAUAUUCGAUUAAAUAGAUGUAAAGGUCCACCAACAACUUUAGAUGAUGAUCAGAUGACUGAAGAGGAAAUUAAUAAAAUUGCUAAGGAACAACUCGAAUCAAUUUCCUAUAAUCGCCUUAAAACCGUACCUGAAGUUGAAAAAAGUACUGAAAAGAUUGAAGAUUUAACGGAACUAGAAGUUAUUGAGAAUCAAAGUGAUGUAAAUGAACCAGAAAUUGAAAGUUCAGUAGAAAGUGAACAUGAAGAACAGACAAUAAAAACGAUUCUAGAACAAGAUUCACCACAAAAGUUAAAAAGACCUGGAAGAGCUCAUAAUACUUAUAUCUGUGACAAAUGUGGUGAUUCAAUAAAAUACAGAAAGAAUCUUGAGCUGCAUAUGAAGAAUAAUCAUUUAAGGAAAAGCUAUAAAUGCUCAAACUGCUCGGAAGUUUUUAAAAGUAAAAUUAGAUAUAAAGCACAUUCAUUACAGGCUCACGGAGUUAAGCAAAGGAUUGCUGUUGAAAUAUUUGAAUGUGCAGUUUGUAACAAGAAAUUCGAUAUUAAAAGCAUAUAUGAAGCACAUAAAUUAUCGCAUGAAAAUACUCGUCCACAAGUCUGUAAAAUAUGUAAUGCGUCAUUCAAAAGUAUUGGAAACCUUAAAAGACACAAUCUCAUCCAUAUUGAUGAUCGAAACUUUUUAUGUGAUUUAUGUCCAAAAAGUUUUAAAAGUGAAAAUGCUCUUAAAAUACACAAAAAUGCAGUUCAUGCAUCAGUUAAAGUUUAUGUCAGCUGUCCACACUGUAAGAUUAUUUUACAAGAAAAAAAUCUGAAAAUUCACAUUCAUAAUCAGCACACAGAAGAAGGUCAACAGAAGCCAUUCACAUGCAGUGUAUGCAGCAAGACAUUUAAGAAUGAAUUUCUAUUAAAAAGGCACUUCGAGUACCUUCAUUUCAGUUCCAAUCGAGGAAUAGUCUAUAAUUGUGAGCAGUGUGGACUGACUUUUAAUAGACAAAGAGAUUUAAGGAUUCAUUCAUUUGAGCACUUUGAAGGAACAAUUCAUUCUUGUUUCUGUGGUAAAAAGUUUAAGAACAAAAGAUUACUCUUGAUUCACUCGACUGUCCAUACUUCUGAUACCAAAUUUACAUGCAAUUUGUGUGAUGCAAAUUUCAAGACAUCUGGUGGACGAAGGAAGCACAUAGCAAAGCAUCAUAAAACAGAAUUAAAUGUAGAGCAUUUAGAGAUUAAGUACGAUGAGAAUGUUUCAGCAUUUUAAGCCUUUUUUUAUUUGUUAUGUUUCUGGUUAAUUCAAUUACAUUUUUUUAUGGAUUAAAAUGAUAUAAAACCUUAAAACUAAUUAUUUUUAGAGUUUUUCUCUUCUUAAUUUAAUGUUUCAGCACUGCUUAAAAUAUACUGUUUUAAGUCUUUUUCUUAGAACAUGCCAUGUCCUCUUGAUGAUCCUCGGAAUCCCCCACGUCCUCCUUCGCGGGGCUUGCGAUUUUCAAAUCGUUCAGCCAUCUUUAAAAGUUCUUCUGGAACUUCUUGAUUUGCUUCCUUCAAGAUAUUUAUUAAAUCCUUAGCAACACCCCAAUCUGAUCGAGUUAAUAAACUCAAACUUAUUCCAGUUUUUCCAGCACGUCC